UCUGAUGUCCGAUACUCGUGCGGUUGUUCGCGCGGAUUCCCAAUCUCCUCAAAAGAUUUCUUCUUUUUAUUUUCUUGGGAUAAUAAAGGAAACGUUAUCCAAUUGCUGAUCGGGUAGAUGGCGAGCCCAGAAAGGUACCCUCCAUUUCCGAUCAGACGCUACGCAACAAAACUGGAAAAAGCUCACUCUUUCAUCUCCUUCCCCAAUUGAAUUCAAAUUCCAAGAACCCGACAGACAGACAGACAGAAAUCUAAUUCAAAAUCCCCCCCGGAACCCCUCCCUUCAGCUGAGCAGAGCACGGUCCUCCCAAAUCGCACUGACCCAGUUUGUUUUGCCCUGAGAAUCAGUGCUGUUCGGUGGGCUGAUUUGAAUUGGCCUUCACGAACUCCUGUCAGCUCCGGAAACUUCUACGGUCAUCCAUUUCAUCCCUUCGAGGUCGAAUAGCUCGAAUAGCCUGCCGGCCUCUUUUUUGCGUCCCAGUAGGGUCUGCGAAUGCCACCGUCGUCGCCGCCGAGGCCAGUAGCUUCCCUUGCCGAUGCUGUGGACACUUCCCCGCUCCUCGGCCACUCCGUGGCGGACCACCUCCUCCGGAGCCGCCGGUUCCUCCGCCGCCCGGUGCCGCCGCUCCAGGGGACAGCUGCCCGGCUCUUACGCCGUGCGAGCGGCCGCCAGAUGAGCCUGCGGGAGACCUCUGUGCAGGUCCGGGAGAACGCCGCCGAGCAGCUCGAGAACCGCCAGAGCGAUUGGGCUUACUCGAAGCCUGUCGUGGUUCUCGACAUCCUGUGGAACUUGGCUCUCGUGGUUGCCGCCUUUAGUAUUAUGAUUCUGAGUGCGGACGAAAGUCCUGAUGUGCCGUUGAGGCUUUGGAUUGUUGGGUAUAUGGUCCAGUGUUUGUUUCACAUGGGGUGUGUAUUGGUGGAGUAUAUGAGACGCAGAAGGGAGAUGGAUUAUGCGGGGUCGGAGAGGAGCGGAGGAUGGGGCAGUGGGGAUUUGAGUGCGUAUUUGAACUCCGGUUCGGUUUUGGGAAGUGAAGAAAGCGACUCCGAGGAUUAUGUGACAGAGCAGCAUCACGAUGAUGAACAAACCAGUAACACGAAGCACCUGGAAUCUGCAAACACAAUGUUUUCAUUUGUUUGGUGGAUCAUUGGGUUCUAUUGGGUUGAUGCUGGUGGGCAGGACCUAGGCCAGGAAUCGCCUCACCUCUACUGGCUAUGUAUUACAUUUCUGAUUCUGGACGUGGUGUUUGUGGUUGUCUGCGUUGCUGUUGCUUGCCUCAUUGGCAUUGCUGUCUGUUUCUGUCUCCCCUGCAUCAUUGCGAUCUUGUAUGCUCUAACCGAUCAGGAAGGCGCAACACGAGAAGACAUUGACAGGUUGGCAAAGUACAAGUUCCGAAGGUUAGGGGACUACGAGAAAGCUAAUGGUGAUAUUCAAUCUUCUUUUGGAGGGAUUAUGAUAGAAUGCGGCACUGAUACUCCCACUGAGCGUGCUCUUUCCCACGAAGAUGUGGAAUGUUGCAUCUGCCUCUGUGCUUAUGAGGAUGGAAGCGAACUCAGAGAGCUUCCUUGCCGCCACCAUUUCCACUGCGGAUGCAUCGAGAAGUGGCUUGGCAUCAAUGCGGUAUGCCCCCUCUGCAAGUUCAAUAUCCUCAAGCCUCAGAACGAUAGCAGCAGUGGAGUAGUAUAACCGGACACUUGCCUACUACAACUACACGUCUCUGUUUGUGCUGACUCUGCAGUUCCUUUCUGGCUCAAGUACAUACAUAUAUAUAUAUAUAUAUAUAUAUAUAUACACACUGCAGUAUAAAUUGUAAAGAGGGCUUAUAAUAUUUCUUCUACUCAAAGAUUGCAAUUGAAGUCUGUUCCUUUUUCCAUGUGUUAA